AUGCCCAACGCCUCGCCAAGAAUCAAACAUCAAAAGAUAUAUGCCCAACAGUCCGCCAUUCCCUCCAGCCCUUUCCGUUCCUAUGCCGUUCCACUCCUUCCCAUUUUCAUGUUCUACCCAAAUAGCCACAUGAUGGACUUUCAACGGGUCUCCCCGACAGUCCGACAGCGUCUCUUCUUCGUCCCAACCCAUCCGGAAAUCGCAUCGGAUUCAGCCUCGUCAUCGUUGGAAAUAAAGAUAGACCCGAUCGAGGCGAGAGCAUUCUGA